AUGCCGGAGAGUGUGAUGCAGGCGGGAGAAACCACCCAGUUUCUCUGGCAGAACGUCCAGGCAGGUACCUUGGUCAUGCAUCUGCCACCACAGUAUGCCGAAGGUCAAGAAGCUUGGAAGAAUUUCGUCCGUACAGACGGCCUGAACAUGAUCCAUGCGUUCUUCCAGUUCAUGGACAUGGCCGCGGAGCAAAAGGAUGCCACUUAUCCUGUCGGCGAUCGACCCCAUAAAAGGACGCUAGCCGAGAUGCUCGUUAAGGCAUUUGCAGUCAAGCGUCUCACCAUGCAGGCUCCAGAGCAACCGAUAGUGGCGGCUGGAUCGAUGGCAGCUAGGGUGCCGCCGCGAUCCCGAGGACCAAUGAUGGAAUUUGGCGGACCAAGCGCUUGGAGACCACCUGCCGGGUUCGGCGAAGCGCGCGUGGCUCGAGUGUCGCAAAGCCUCGAAGCUGCACGUGCUGAAGAGCGGCGUGCAGCACAACGCCGAGCUGAGCAGCAGCGUGCUGAGCAGCUACGUCAAUGGGGCAAGACUCUGGGGCUAGGCUGA